AACAAUAAUUGCCCGAGUAUGCAAUAUAGGGAAAUGUUUUUAAUAUGUCUCUGCCAUAUUAUAGCCAGUAAUAAAUAACCUCAAUAACAGUUAAUAUAGGUAAUUAAGAAUAGUUUAGUUAGGUAAUUGUAAGUACAAUAGUUUUAUAGUAGGUACAAAUAGUUCUCGGUCAAUCGCUUGGUGAGUGAAAAUACCUUCAAUGUUUACUUUAUUUUGAUGAAUCUUUGUUGUUUUGUAAAAUUUCUGAGAAUAUAAUGACUAAUAAUUGGACAAAUGAGAGGAUUAUCGAUUUCAUCAACGUAAUCUACUUACAUCCUGAGUUGUGGAAUGUGGAAAGCGAAAUAUAUAAAGAUCGAAAUGCGAAAAAAGACGCAUGGGCUGUUAUCGCUGAAAAAUUUAUGAUUUCAAGUGAUGAAGCGUACAAAAAAUUCAAAAGCUUGAGAACGUAUGCAAAAAAUGAGGAGAAGAAAAGUGGUUUUGCGGGGGGUAAACCAGUGAAAUGGUUUGCUUUUGAUGCAAUGUCGUUUAUUCUUUCUCAAGAUACCCCAAAUAGAGGAGGGGGCAAUGAAAGUGUUACAAAUUAUGUGACUAAAACAUCAGACACGUAUAUAAGUCCUGACCAAGAAGAUAUAUUUCUAGAAGAAGAAGUCGUAGAUUCGGAAACGACAGACUCUUUACGAUCUUCAGUUUUCACUCCAAAACCACGUGCUUCUAAGAGGUCUAAUGCAGAUCCAAUUUUAGGAAAAGCUCAAGACAUUUUAAGUAAUUUUGGUAACGAAACAAGAAAUUAUCCAAUUUUAGACAACGCUCAAAGCAUUUCAAGUAAUUUUGUUAAUGAAACAAGAAAUGAAUAUGCCAGUUUUGGGGAGCAUAUAGCAAACAAAUUACGCAAAUACGACGAUUUUACCCGUAGUCAGGCUGAAAUGAAAAUAGCGCAAGUUCUGUAUGAUUGUGACAUGGAAAUGUACAGGAAACGAGGUUUGUCUGCAUAUACACCGUUGGAGAGUCCAGAUGACGAUAUCAAAGUGGAGCCAGAUCAUCAUCAUUAAGGUCAUCUUCAGCCAUUCGUUCAAAUUCAUCUCUGCAGCACAGUUCGUAAGACAUUCAUGGUUCUCGUUCUCAUGAUUUUGUAACUAUAAAUGAGAAUGAGAAAGUUCUUACUACUAGUUAUACAAUAUAAUUAUUAAAAUUGCUAUUUAAUAUUAUGAUUAAUUAAUAAAAAUUUUAUAAAAUAGCUAUUAUGAGUUCAGUUUUACAAAGAAAGUCUACGUAAUA